GAAGUAAAAAAAAAUCGGAAAUGGCUGGGGAAUCAUCGUCGGCGGCAGUUGCAGUAUCUCCGUUAACGUUGGAAGAGUUAACGCUGACGGUGAAAUGGAGCGGAAAAGAGUACACGGUUAGAGUAUGCGGCGAUGACACAGUUGGGGAGUUAAAACGACGCAUAUGUGAAGUAACAAAUGUUUUGCCUAAACGGCAGAAACUUCUAUACCCUAAAGUCGGUUCAAAACUUGCUGAUGAAUCUCUUCUUCUCUCUCAGAUUCCUCUCAAAUCAUCUCUCAAAAUGACUAUGAUCGGGACAGUUGAAGAUGAUAUAAUUGUGGAUCCAGUGGAAUCUCAAGAUAUUGUUGAUGAUUUUGAGCUUCAGCAAGAGGAAGCUGUUGACAUUAAGGAUAGAGAAGUCAACAAACAGAAGUUGAGAAGGCGUGUUGAGCAGCACAAGAUUGUGCUCCGUAAUCCUUGCCGUGAAGGUAAAAAGCUGCUUGUUCUGGAUAUUGAUUAUACUUUGUUUGAUCACCGGUCAACUGCCGAGAACCCACUCGAACUCAUGAGGCCUUAUCUUCAUGAGUUUCUCACGGCUGCUUAUGCAGAAUAUGACAUCAUGAUAUGGUCGGCAACCAGCAUGAAGUGGGUUGAGUUAAAAAUGGGACAACUUGGUGUACUCGAUAAUCCGAACUAUAAAAUUACAGCUAUGCUGGACCAUAUGGCAAUGAUAACAGUACAAUCAGAUCGUUAUGGAGUUUUCGAUUGCAAGCCAUUAGGCCUAAUUUGGGCUCAUUUCCCAGAGUUUUACAGUCCCAAAAACACUAUAAUGUUUGAUGACUUGCGAAGGAACUUUGUGAUGAACCCACAAAAUGGGUUGGCUAUAAGGCCAUUCAGGAAGGCACACGCGAAUCGGAGCAGUGAUCAGGAGCUCAUGAAGCUUACUCAAUAUUUGCUUGCCAUUGCCGAUCUUGAUGACUUGAGCAUUCUCGAUCAUAAAAACUGGGAGUCCUUCAAUGAGGACAGUUUCAAGAGGCGCAGACAUGCCUGAGCAUCUGCAAUCUUCAAUAGUCAAAGGAAAAACUGUUUUGUAUUAGACAAUACAAAGAGAAAUGUAUCCAUUCUGUUCCACUACUAGGAGAUAACUGGACAUUUCUGAUGUAUUCUUCGAAUUAUUAGGCAGAAGGGACUAUGUUUUGCUGAAGUCAUUUUGUAUUUGGAUGAUCAUGGAAUUGCACUUAUCUUGUAUCUAGCUAUUUUAUUUUUCUUACAAUCCUACAUUGGAUACAUUUCUUGU